UUCCUUUUGUCCCUUCGGCGGCUGGAGCAGAAGACAGAAAUGCACCUGUGUCGCGUACUCGUUUGUAUAAUGGGUAUUAUUGACUUUUCGGUAUCACGGAACGGUCGCGUGGCAUGAAUAUCGCGAUAAAAUAUAGGAACCUAUGGGGCCGAUAGGGUAAACAUAUUGUCGUAAUGCAGGUUUGACUUUGACGAAGGGCGUACCAGGGGUUUUGAACUAGCCGCUAGUGAGGACGUAUUAACGGGCUGCGUCACGUGGUGGCCACCCACGUUUCGGAUUGUGGGUAAACAAGGAGGAGAGAAAUAUUUGUGCGUGUCGAACUGGUCGCGGUGAGGCAGCCAGCAGUAUCGUGUUGGUAAGGGCCGGCCAUAUUACGGAGAUUCGCGAAGAGUGUUUAGUGAUUGAGUGAUAUGUCUACGUAUUCGCGAACGCAGGAGAGUGACGCCUGGGCCCUUUUGGCAUUGAAAUCGGCACCCGCGAGCCCCUCAAAAGUGCAAUGGAACUCGGAGGCGAAGGGAAUGCCGAUCGCGAGGCUCGAGGGCCGCGAAUUCGAGUACAUGGUUCGCCAGAAGCGCAUAACCAUCGGCCGCAACAGCAGCAAAGGCGAUGUAGACGUAAACAUGGGCCACUCAAGUUUCAUAUCUCGGAAGCAUUUGGAAAUAUUCUACGACCACCCGUACUUCUUCAUGAUAUGCAACGGGAAGAACGGGGUCUUCGUUGAUGGUGUUUUUCAGCGGAAAGGGGCGCCCGCAUUUCAGCUGCCAAAAUCGUGUACAUUUAGAUUUCCAAGCACCAACAUACGGCUUGUGUUCCAAUCAUUGAUCGACGAACAAGAGCAAAGCAAUGUCCGAGUUCCAUCACCGCCAAAGCAAAGAGCGCCGCUGCCACCUCUUCGCAUCAAUAUUCCAGACACAGGAUAUAGCAGUCCGUUUCCGUCACCCACAGGCACAAUUAGUGCAGCAAAUUCUUGUCCCGCAAGCCCAAGGUCGGGUCAAGGCAGAAGAAACAUUUCGGCAGACCUUCAAAUGGUUGCUGCGUAUGCAGCUGUCGUUGCCAGUGGUCCUCAGAACUCUGGCAUCGAAGUCGGGCAAAGUUCAAGCCGACAGAUGAGCCCUGAGCCUGGAGCGGAACCUCGAUAUAGAAGCGGGGGAGGUGGGGGAGCUAAUGGAACACCUGCGCACUAUAGCCCUCCGAAAGAUGACUCCAAGCCUCCUUAUUCUUACGCUCAACUUAUAGUACAGGCGAUUGCUUCUGCUCCGGACAAGCAACUCACCCUUUCUGGGAUUUACUCUUACAUUACUAAAAAUUAUCCGUACUACAGGACAGCCGAUAAAGGCUGGCAGAAUUCUAUAAGGCAUAAUCUUUCACUCAAUCGCUACUUCAUCAAAGUCCCCAGGAGCCAAGAGGAGCCUGGUAAAGGAUCUUUUUGGAGAAUAGAUCCUCAGUCAGAGGCUAAACUUAUCGAACAAGCAUUUAGGAGGAGAAGACAAAGGGGGGUGCCCUGCUUCAGAGCGCCUUUCGGCUUAUCGUCUAGGAGUGCCCCAGCUUCACCAUCACACGUGGGUAUCAGUGGGCUUAUGACACCAGAGUGCCUGAGUCGGGAGGGAUCACCAGGACCAGAGUCUUAUCCAGAUAGUUCUGUAUCAUCGCCGGCGGGUCAGCUUACGAGCCAGUCAGCCCCAGGAUCGCCUGGACAUCCCUAUGCUCCACCUCCUAAUCACAAGGGGCGUCUGAUGCAGCAGAUCACCGUUGUUACAAAUGGAGUAAACAGCGAUGGAGCCAGAGAGGAUAAAUAUUUGGUGCCUGGAAAUGCUGGAGAAGAACAUUCGUUAUCGCCUGCUGGACAAUAUAGUCCAGCUCCUGUUAUUGUACAAACUUCCUACAACUACAGUGGGAGCUUUAUCGGGCCUGAUACAGGCGUUGGGGUUGGAAAGCGAGUGCACGAUGAACCUGACAGCUCGCCAGGUUCUCCAGCCCCUUUAGCCAUUGUUGAGAGUCCAGAGCCCCCUGAUCACCAGCAGCAGCAGCAGCCUAAACGUCAGCGUCUUCAUGACGCAGAUGAUCACUGAACUACUACUCCACUGAUAUCUUUCUCCAUAGGACUUUGUUACGUUACAUUAAUAUUUUAAUCAGCGCUCCAUCCAUUUCUGCCCAUUUUCCAAGAAAGAUUUGUAUAGUCAGGCAUAUUGAAGUUUUCCAAAGUAGAGGCAUUUAAAAGUUUUCGUCUUUGUUUUUGAUUUUUUUCUUUUUUUUUUUCGUAUCUGGUGGGUAAGAUUUUUUCAAAAACAAAUCUGCUGGUUACACCAACACGCCAGCGAAAUAUCACUGAAACAUAGUAUAUUUUUCGUACACCUCUAUCACUGAUGUUAUACAUAGCAUUAUGCACAGCCCAUACUGUAUUUGUUACGAUUCAUCAAUUUCUUAUUCAAAUUAUUUUCUAUAACGAUGUUUAAAAAUAUGAGAACAAAUUGCGCAUAAAGAACAUACGUAGAACUCGUAAUUAUUUUCACAGAAAUCAUAAUUGACACAAAUCUGUUUUCGUUUAUGUGAGUAUAGUUUAUUUGUAUACCGUUUUUUAAAAAUAUUUUUCAAUUUACUACUGAGUAGUAUGCAUAUAUAUGUUGACAAAUCAUGUACACCAAUAUCUCGCGGGGUAACCUCGAACGUUGCUACAUUUUAAAUGAAUUUUUCCUCGUCCUUGUUUCUUUUGUGUAAUGAACAGUGAGGUUCAACAAAGUAUAGUCGUGUAGUGCCCUCCAUAGUUAUUGUCGAUACAUUUAUCCACGUAUUUUUCCCCUUUGAACUUAACUGUCGCUGUUAAAGAAAAUUUGAUCUACGUGGACGCAGGAUUGUAGUAGGUUUAUUUUGCUGAGUUUGAUAAACAAAAUUCCCGUUGUAGUUUUCUGAGUCGAAUACACGUAGGAAAAUGCAUAAUAACCGCGAUAAACAGUUUUACUUUGGAAAUGGUUUCAGAUUUUUGGUUGCAACGCUGCCAUUUAUAACUCUCAUUCGCCACACUGACCAAGUUGUUAUUUUAAAUCAACUGAUACACCUAUAAACAAUAAUUGUGUACACACGUGACAUGAGUCCUCAUCCCCCUUGCAAUGCGCUUGUGUUUGCUAUAGAAGUCUUAGGAUCAUUACGAUUAUUAUAGUACAAUAGGCGUAGUAAAAUCAUGUAAAAAUAUGGAGAGAUAAAACAGUAAUAUUGUCAAGUGAUUGUUGUAGUCACUGGUCCUAGAAAUAUUUUCUUUUUUUUCCUAGCAAAGCUUUGUAUUUUUCCCUAGCCAAACAAAAUCUCACCCUUUUCUUGUGGUUACCCUACGAAUUUAAUAUCAAAAAUGCUGUCAUUGCUUCUACAUUUAUGAUGGGAAAGUCACAUUUUAUCAUUUUCCUCUAUUGUCGGUAACUCGUGUAAAUUCCAAACAUUUGUUCGAAAAAACUUUCAUUUGCCUGGUUAGAUCUUAGAUCAUUAUCAAAAAAAAAGCUAACUAAAUCCGACUGAUCAUUCUUUAUAUAAAUAUUAUAAACGUAUGUAUAUUUUACUAGGCCCUACGAAACUGCGUUAUGAAAACUUUGGUAGACUUCAGGUGCUGCUGUAUAGUGUAAUUAUUUUACUAAAGUAAAGUUUUUAGUAAAGUAUUGUAUUCCGCGAUCACAGGCUUCCGUAUUGUUCCAAUUAUAAGCCGAGGUUUUUUUUUUUUUUCGUUCACAUCAGCCACCAAAAUCGUCCUCGUCUUAUACGCGGACCCGUCUUAUGCGAGGGUAACUAAAAGAAACGAACCUGAAAUAUUGUUGCAGGAUUGGGGGUCGUCUUAUAUGCGGGGUUGGCUUAUACUCGGAACAAUACGAUAUUUGAUUUGGUAAUUUUUUCUUUUAAUUUCCUUGAUAAUUACCAGAUUGAAGCAGUAUUAACCAAACGGGUCCAGAAAUUUAUUGCCCGGAGCUUCCUUAUUUUCAGAAGAAAUAAUAUUUCUUUUCGAGCGUUAAUUUAUUGUUGAUUAAAAUGUGUGAGUGAUGAAGGACCGUCUGUUUUUCUCACUGGUACUUUGUGAAUUGUCAGAGAGUGGAAUAUUCGUGCAGGGUGACCAUCAGUACUCAACAAUUUAUCACUAUUGCUAGUUAUUUUAUGUAGAGUAUAUUGCAGUAGAGGUUUUUGUUUUUUUUUUCCUUUUUUUUUAUAUAUAUAUAUAUAUAUACAUAUAUAUAUAUAUAUUUUUUUUCAAGUAAUGAAUUUUAGCACUACAUAUAAUAAAUCUGUAUAAUAAAUUGUUGAAAUGUUGAGCAAACGAAGUCGUCAGUUUUCUUGACAUAUUUUUUCUUCAAAUUUUCACAAUAAUUCUAUUUUACUGCAAGCUUUGUAGUAGCCCUCUGUGUAUGAAAUAAUUGCUUAGCCCAUUUGAGAUAAGUAUAGAUAUGAAUAGAAAUGUCACGUACAAACACGUAUGCUAACACCGCUGAAAAUAAUCUGAUAAAAAUAUUUGCAAUAACUAAUAAAUAGUAGUUGCACGAGUAUCUAGUAUGAGAAUUGCAUAAAAACGAUUCUGGCUUUUGAAACGAAGAAAAAGAAACUUGAAAAAAAAAAAAAAAAAAAAACAAUUACAUAAUGAAGAUAGAGGUAGAGAGAAACGAAAAAAGGACAAAUAUUCUAGUGAAAGGUUAUUAUUAUUUUUUCUUGUCACUGAGGUUGUUAAAUUUGGUAAUUUUUGUUUUCACCUUCACAGUGUUUCACGAUAAAGAGUAUCUCAUCCUAUCGUAUAUAUUUCGCAAACAUAGUAAUAUUAAACCUGUGACGUCACGGUAUUCUGCUUCUAAUUAUGAAAAUACGAAAACCGCGAUUUUAACAUUUUUCUAAUACUUGCAGAAACUUGAUCGGCGUAUUUUAAUAAAUUAUUACCCGUUUGUAAUUCAUUUAUACGUACAUAUAUACAUAUACACAUAGAUGCAUAAUGUCAAGUGACACCACUUUCCCAGUAUAAAUAAGCAGCAAUUGACUUGGGUAAAGAAGUGGAAUGGAAAAAAAAAAUAGACCCACAAACAAAUUCCUGGAUUAAAAUUCGAUCGUUGAAAUACGGUUGUACUGUAUUUUCAAACUUUCUUUGGUCAUACGUUUGUAAAACUCUGGACUUUUGGAGUUAUUUUCAGAAUCUGUUUUUGAGAAUUUGUGUAGUACGGGAAUAGGAAGAAAAAGAAAAAAUUACAAACCAUUAGGUGAAUCAAUUAAAAUCUGAUCUCUCCUUUUCUGGACUUUAACUAACCGUCACAGUAUUUGACAUCUGCUUAGUGAUUUAAUACUCACACCGUUAACCGUAUGAUGGAAAGACAAAUUUGUACUUCAUUGUCCACAAUUUAGUGAUGCAGAUGACCUAAAGGGGAUAAUGGGGUUCUCGGAUGAGCCUGUAAGGCUGCCAGUUUAGGGGGAUGAGGUAAAGCGCCCUCCGUAAGUAGUUUAUCAACCAACUAUUCCCGUAUUUUUUUUUAAAUUUUUUGUUUUCUUCUAGUAAGGAAAAGAAUACGACAUUCAAAAGAAAUUAUAGAAAAUUUGAAUCUGUUUAUAUAUUGCCUAUAUUGUAUGAAAUUUCCUUAGAAAUUAUGGAACAGUUGUGUACUCCUUGUCCCUCUAACCAAAACCUCUACCGUCCCCAAGCCUUUUGAAUCAUGAAUAUGCUGCAAAACCGUAGUUGCAAAUACAUAUUCGACAGAAAGAACUACAAAGUUAACAAAAAAAAGGAAGUUAAACAGAAAACACAA